AUGGUUAAUGAUAGCGAAGCUUCCGAUUCACUAGCACCUGUUUAUGUGGUGUCACGUAUUGAAGAAAAGGAAGAAAAUCCUUCAGAAAACGGUGAUGCUCCGGAGAAAUAUGGCGAGUUGAUUCUUCUUGGAUACAAUGGCUCACAAGAAAGCACAAGAAGUAAUUCGAAUGGAAAAAAGCACAAAUCUCGAUUGCUGGUGUGUAAGCGGAAGGAAGGAAAUGGUAUAAAAAAAGGUCACAGCAGGUCUAUUGUAGGUUCUGCUAGGGAUAAUGCGGUUGUCAAUGAUUCUACUCGUCACAUCGUUUCUUACUCUUAUACCAAGACCCACACAGUGCUCGUCGAAUUUCUUCCAGAUCGUACGAAAGAUAUGUUCCAAAUCGGUAGGUCUUCAGAACCACAAAUUGAUUUCGUUGUAGUGGAUACUUGGUUGGCUUUAAGUCCAGAUGCGCCUCUCUCGCCAGCGAGCAAUAAGGAUUGUUCGCCCAAUAUUUCCCAGUUGUACGAUGAAGGUGGAAAAGGAGACAAACAGUGUCCAAUUAUGCCUGGUAACAGGAAGUGCCUCGCCGAUGCUGCCAGAAGAGAAGAAAAAGAAAUUGAGAAACUCCGUCCUGCAUCUUCUACUAUAAGUCGCUAUGCUUGUAGGAUCCAGAUAGACCGAGUAGAGCCACACAAUGCCUAUUUGUUUGCUGCUGGUUUUGACGCUUCCAGAAAUAUCUUUCUUGGUGAAAAAGCAACGAAAUGGACCAAACCAGAUGGUAACGUUGAUGGCUUAACUACUAAUGGGAUUCUUAUACUGCAGCCUCAUUCGUUUGAGACUAAAGAUGAAGAAGUUCCUGACGAGGACUGCAGAAAGAUGUAUUUGUGGAGAGAAGUUUCUGUUGAUGGCGACAUUUACAAUUUGCGAAAAGCUCGUUCAUCAACUACGCGGGGUGACUUGGUUCGAGAUGAGACGAAUCAACUGCAGGAUGGGACUUUGAUAGAUUUGUGUGGAGCAACACUUUUAUGGCGUACUCAAAAAGGGCUCCUCAACAGUCCUAGCAGAGAUGAUUUGGAGCAAGCAUUAGAAGCAUUAAAUGCAGGCAGGCCACAGUGUCCAGUUAGUUUGAAUACUUUAAAAGUUCCGAAAAAGAAGUCGGCUAAUUCUGGUUCUUCUAAACAACCAUACGUGUAUCUUAACUGUGGGCAUGUACAGGGGAAGCAUGACUGGGGACUCCAUAAUGUUAGUAAUACUACAGCCUACACAUGUCCUGUGUGUCGAUCAGACUCUACUAAAGUCACUCAACUUGUGAUGGGGAUGGAAUCCGCUUUUCAUUUGGAUUCUGCAACUUUAGACCACGCUUUCAAUCCUUGCGGUCAUGUUGCAUCUCUUGCCACUGUGAGGUACUGGUCACGAAUUCCUUUACCGCAUGGGACGAACAGUUUUCAUCCAGUUUGCCCGUUCUGCACUUCUUUGCUAGAUGAAGAAAAACCUUAUGUGCGUUUAAUCUUUCAAGAUCACUGUUUCGAAUAA